UCUGCACAAACAACUGAUGAGAUACCAGAGAAUUUGUCAUCCACGAGAGAAAGGAGGGAGAGAGGGGAAGAACAAGCAGAGAGAGGAACAGACAGAUGCACUUUCAGGAAUAUUAGGACUAAGAUUUUGUUAAAGGGGAAAGAAAACUGUUUUUUUGCUGAUGAUUGUGUUUUUAAGAACUCUGGUGACCUUUCGGUGUCAGUGGACAAAUUUUUUCCACCAUGGACCGGCGUUCAGCACUGGGAAGCCUUCUGUUUGUCCUCGGGCUGUGUGAGAUUUGUACUGGAUUUGUUCAGGAGAAUUGCAUCGACUACAAGCUCCAGUUUGCGAGGGUUUUCUCUGUACCUGGGGAUGUAGCUAUGCUUAACAGCACCCUGGUGUGUCCUAAAGUCUUCAACAUCACAAGCCUCCCUUAUAACAUCACCUGGUACAACUCAAAGACCGGCAAAGAAAUGCGCGACCAGCCCGGUCGAAUCCUGGUGCGCAGGGAGACUCUGUGGUUCCUUAACGUACUGCCAGAUGAUGGCGGGGAAUACGUGACCAUACUGAGAACUCCCACUGGGUGCUACAGACAGGCCACUAAGCUGGUAGUUGACGAGCCAGUUGCUGGACAGUGUGGAAGGCCAAGGAAAGCUGGUCAAACGCUAAACAAGGGCGUCACUGACAUGCUCUCCUGCCCCCUGAAGGACUACAUCAGUACACUGGACAGCUACAACAUCAGUUCCUCGCUCGAGUGGUACAGGGGUUGUGACCCCAUAGUGGAUGGCACAGAACCGUAUACCUACAUGGAUAAAACCAAACUGAAGAUUGACGGAGUGGAACUUCAGAACAACGGCUCCUACACUUGUACUCUGACCUUUACUCUAGGGGGCGUCACAGGAUCCGUGUCUGAGACCAUUGAUGCAUGGGUCAGAGAGGAGUACUCUAUGGUUCCACAAGUGCACGAACCAGCCAAUGAGAUAAUCAAGGCAGAGAUAGGGUCCAAUUUCACCAAGAGGUGCCUCGUGUUCGUGCCAUGUGUUGGGCCGCCCUUCGCUGAAGUCAUUUGGAUAGUCAAAGAAGAAUACAUUUUCGAGACCGAUCCUGCAGAGGGAAUCUACACGUCUGAUAAACGUUCAUGGAGGGAGGAUGUCCCUCGCAAAGGUGUGUGGAUAGAGAGGAUGCUGAUGAUUUCGGAGCUGCAGGAGGAGGAUUUCUACAUAAACUACACUUGCCAGGCGAUAAGUCCUCGGGGCUCUCCUCUGCAAUAUUUCACUUUGCUUCCAGCAGAUCCCAACAUCAUACUUCCCAUUGGAUCUGUGUUUUGUGGUGUGACAGCCCUCUUUAUCAUCAGUGUCAUCAUCUACUACCUCUUCAAGGUGGACAUUGUGCUGUGGUUCAGGACAGCGUUUCCCGUCCUCUACACAAAUAAAGAUUUGGAUGGGAAGCUGUAUGAUGCCUACGUGGCGUACCCACCGCCCUGUGCCGUCGGAUACAGUAAGGCAGUGGAGACCUUUGCCAUCGACACACUGCCUGAAGUGUUGGAAAAAGCCUGUGGCUACAAACUCUUCAUAGCAAGCCGUGACUGCCUGCCUGGUCAGGCCAUCGUGGACUCUGUGGAGGAGAACAUACAAGCCAGUCGCCGGCUCCUUCUGCUCUACACCGCCUCCACUUUCAUAAGCAAAAGACACACGAGCAGCACGAGUAGCAACAACAACAACAUCAUCUCCAAGAGCAGCAACACCAGCGGUAACACCAAAGGCAAGGCCGGAGGCAGUGGUAGCAACAUGUGCUUUGAUGACAGCGAAGACCUCUAUCAAGACACAAGGCAGCAGCUGGAGUGCGUGGCAGCGAUGCACAGAGCGCUGCUGGAGGGAUCUCUCAAGGUGGUUCUGGUUGAGUUGGAAGAGAUCACCCCGGCUCAGCUGGCUCUCUUCCCAGAAUCAGUGCGUCACCUGAGGAAGAAGCAGGGCGCCGUGUGUUGGUGGAAGAACAUGAGGUCGAAGCAGAGGUGGCGGACAUGUGUGAGGAGGAGAGGUGACGAGGAGAAAGGUGGACAGGACAUGCCGUUGUCACCGCCCCUCUCCCCUUCCUUCAGGUUUUGGAAGGAGAUGAGGUAUCAUAUGCCAGUGAGGGGCAAGAGAGCGGUGUACCCUGAGAAAACUGCCAUGCUCAACUUAUGAUGGCGUUGACGUACGUGUCACUGUUGGACCAGAGACUUGCUGGUUUCCAGUACAAAUGUGUACAGCAGGAAAUGCCCUCACAAUGAGACAGCUCAGAAGUCAAGGUUACACCACUGGAUUUUUGUGUCUAAAAUGUGAAGCAACUCAAGUAGCACAUUUCUGUCAUUAUUGUGCCAUGUACAGCAUGUGCUGAAGGAGUUGCUGGAUAAGAGAGCGCAGAAGAUACUUAGUGAUAAAAACUCAUCUGCAGUGGCUCACACAUGAUGUGUGGAUCGUCACAGUGUCUGGGCGGUCCAGAGAGUCCCUGAAUCGCUACUGUUGACUUCCUCUGGCAGAUGGACAAUGAGGAACAGAGUGGACAGAGACGGAACAAAGAAACCAAAUGAAAAUAUGUAAAAUGUACAUAUGUAUAUGUGGAAAGUGUAAGUAUGUAAAAAAAAAAGAAGACAAAUCUACGGUAGCAUAAGAAGUCAAGUAACAAGCUGUGAGUUUUAUAUUAAAUGCAGAUUUUGUAAUGUUAUUAAAGAGCAGCAGCCACUGGAUGUGUUCUUAUUAAAUGUUAUUAUCUGCGGCCAUGCUAAAAUGAGGGGGAAAAAAUUGCACUGUGUGCUGAUUUUUAAAAUUUUUUUUAUGCUGCACAGUUUUUUGAGUUUUGUGUUUCCCUUAAGCCCACAUCAGACCACAGAUUUGCAAACGAGACAAUCUGAAACCUGCAACUACCACGUAUACUGUAUUUGUAGUAAUAAUGAAAGUUAUAAAAAAAAAGUUAAUAGAAAAAAACCAAGCAAGUGUGUGGGAGAGAAAGGGACAGUACGGUGAAGUAUGGUUGAGUAAGAGAGAGGAGAAAAAAAACAGUGAAGCCGUCAAUAAAGUAGUGGGCAUUGAACUGCAUUGAUUACGUGCAGUACUUUCUAAACCAGACACCAGCGACUUGACAAGCAGGGCUGCAGGUGACACCAUCAGCCGACCGGAGUCGAGCUGCAACGGGUCAGCUCAAGCUGGUGCAAGCUUACCACUGCAUCGCUCUGAAACAGUUUCAUUGUUCUGAAAUCCUGUAGAAUUUUGUCCUUAGCAGUAAGCAGAAGCCUCUGAAAUAGCACAGGAAACAGUUUCAUUUAGUAUUCUGUAUAAAAGCUUGACUCUUCUGUCAAUAAACGGGACAUUUACAAACAAAACUGUGGUUCCAGUGAUUAAAAAUAAAAAUCAACAUUA